ACACGUCUGCUCGUCGAAAAUAUGUCCUAUCCGGGAUACGCUUAUGGAGCAUCAGAAGAUCCUAAUCAAGUUAAUCCACAAGUUCAACAGUGGUUUUCUUUGGCAGAUGCAGAUAAUAGUGGUCAGAUAACGGUUCUUGAAUUGCAAAGAGUUUUAGCUAAUGGACAAGGUGGAACGUUUUCCAUUAAAGCAGUGCGUUUAUUAAUGGGAAUGUUUGCCAAGGUAAACAAACAGUCAAUAAAUUUGAAUGAGUUUCAAGCUCUGUUUUGCUACGUCAAUGCAUGGUUGGGAGUCUUUAAAAAAUAUGAUAGUGACAAUUCGGGAUCCAUUCAAGAAAAAGAAUUAGCUUCAGCUUUUGAGCAAAUGGGUUACAGGCUUAGCCUGGAUUUCAUUAGCUUUUUAAUGUCAAGAGAUUGUUGUAACAAUCAAGGGUCACUCACUGUUGAUGAAUUCAUCGUAUUGUGUGUGCAAAUACAAAAAUUCACAGAUGAGUUCAGGGUCAGAGAUACUGAGAGGACUGGUGUGAUCAAAAUUGGUUUUGAAGAUUUUUUAAAAGUGGCUCUGAGUUGUGAUGUUUAAAAAUUCCCGAUUCCAGUAUUUUAAAUAAGCUUUUAUAUUUUUUAUAAAUAUUUUACAAUGUUACCUAGCACUUUGACAUAAUUUAUGGUGAAACCGAGUAUUUUAUACUGUACCUUUACUUUACAUGUGAAACGAGAAAUAAUUUAAAUACUUCCAGUUUAUGUUUUAUUUUUUUCAUGGAUAAAUCAUGAAAAUUGUUUUUAGUUGAUAACAAAGUGUCUGUAUAUUUGCUGAUGUAAAUACUAAAUAAACAAAUUUAUUAAACUAAAUGUCC